AUGCCUGCACCAGAUAUUUCGAUGCUCAAGCAACCAAUUGCGCUCCGUACUGAGCUCGUCGCUCAAGCUCCUGAGACGCUGCUGGUCAAUCAGCAUAGUGGUGGGCUGUCAAGCGCUGAUUUCUCUAUCGUUCGCGAAUCAGAUCAUGCGCUUCUCGUCUCAGUUGGUGGAAAGCUAUUGUCUUGGACGCAAAGACGGACCUUUCGUGACGCGUCUGGACUCCCUUUAUUUGACCUCUAUCGAAAAGCUACAGGGGUAACUUGGUUUGUUGAACUGCCAGAGGAGCGAGGUAGCGAGCCUAUCAUGACUCUAGCACCAAGGACCAGCGUGUUCAAGGACAAGCUCGACUUGUUCGUGCACAAUGCGGCAAAUCAAGGCGAAGUGGUCAAUCUUGAGGUCCGCGGGCAAGACAUCUGGAAGAUGAGAGUCAACGUGUAUCUCGGCGAUCAAGUUGUCAUGUCCUCAAAGCGCACGGAGAAGCUGGCUGGCUACAUUCCUGGAAAGAGACCCGACUGGAAAGUCAACAUAGCCGAAGGAUUCGAUGCUUCUUUGGCAGCGGUAAUCAUGGUUGUCCUGGCUGCUACUCUUUACGAUAGCAGUAUGACAACAUCUUUUUCUACUGCGGUUAUUGCUGGUGGAUCAGGAUCAGCUACCACUGGCAGUUGA